UCACUACCACUAAGCAAUUUGCAUUCGGUGGACCAGCCCUCCAUUCCUCCUGGCUCCUGCUGCCCUCAGGGCAUUGCAUUUCUGGACGUUUUUAGAUGCCUUUGGAACAUAGCUGUCUGCUUUCAACAAGAACUCUACCCAAAAGAGGAAGCAGCGCAGAGGAGAACGUCUGCUUUGUUUGCAGGAAAGUGGCCGAGCUACAAGCAAUUCUCUAGGCGUCUGAGGAAUUGUGCAGCUUCUAGAUUUCAUGCGGCUGCCGACAGGGAGGGGCAAAUAAGGAUCUUUGUGCUUUCCUCACCAUGGAUAAUCUGAUGCCUCAGUCGAGAUCCUCUUAUUUCAAAAAAUAUCCUCUCCACGCAAUUAGAAAAUAUUUAUCGAUGCUGGGAAACCAAAAAGCCGAAGAACAGGUUGCACGUUUUCAAAAACUUCCUAAUACUGAAAAUGAGACAAUGAUUCCUGUAUUGACAUCAAAAAAAGCAAGUGAAUUACCAGUCAGUGAAGUUGCAGGCAUUCUCCAAGCUGAUCUUCAGAAUGGUUUAAACAAAUGUGAAGUAAGUCACAGAAGAGCCUUCCAUGGCUGGAAUGAGUUUGAUAUCAGUGAAGAUGAGCCAUUAUGGAAGAAGUAUAUUUCUCAGUUUAAAAAUCCCCUUAUUAUGCUGCUUCUGGCUUCUGCAGUCAUCAGUGUUUUAAUGCAUCAGUUUGAUGACGCUGUCAGUAUCACUGUGGCAAUACUCAUCGUUGUUACUGUGGCUUUUGUUCAGGAAUAUCGUUCAGAAAAAUCUCUUGAAGAACUAAGUAAACUUAUGCCACCAGAAUGCCAUUGUGUGCGUGAAGGAAAAUUGGAACAUACGCUUGCACGAGACUUGGUUCCAGGUGAUACAGUUUGCCUUUCUGUUGGGGACAGAGUUCCUGCUGACUUGCGCUUAUUUGAGGCUGUGGACCUUUCCAUUGAUGAGUCCAGCUUAACAGGAGAAACAACACCGUGUUCUAAGGUGACAGCUCCUCAGCCAGCUGCAACUAAUGGAGAUCUUGCCUCAAGAAGUAACAUUGCCUUCAUGGGAACAUUGGUCAGAUGUGGCAAAGCAAAAGGUAUUGUCAUUGGAACAGGAGAAAAUUCUGAAUUUGGAGAAGUUUUUAAAAUGAUGCAAGCAGAAGAAGCACCAAAAACCCCUCUGCAGAAGAGCAUGGACCUCUUAGGAAAACAACUUUCCUUUUACUCCUUUGGUAUAAUAGGUGUCAUCAUGUUGGUUGGCUGGUUACUAGGAAAAGAUAUCCUGGAAAUGUUUACUAUUAGUGUAAGUUUGGCUGUAGCAGCAAUUCCUGAAGGACUUCCCAUUGUGGUCACAGUUACCUUAGCCCUUGGUGUAAUGAGAAUGGUGAAGAAAAGGGCCAUUGUGAAAAAACUACCUAUUGUUGAAACUCUGGGCUGCUGUAAUGUGAUUUGUUCAGAUAAAACUGGAACCCUGACGAAGAACGAAAUGACUGUUACCCACAUAUUUACUUCCGAUGGCUUGCGGGCUGAGGUCACUGGAGUUGGCUACAACCCAUUUGGGGAAGUGAUUGUUGAUGGUGAUGUUGUUCAUGGAUUCUAUAACCCAUCUGUUAGCAGAAUAGUCGAGGCGGGCUGUGUGUGCAAUGAUGCUGUAAUUAGAAACAACACUCUCAUGGGGAAGCCAACAGAAGGAGCCUUAAUUGCUCUUGCAAUGAAGAUGGGUCUUGAUGGCCUUCAACAGGACUAUAUCAGAAAAGCCGAAUACCCGUUUAGCUCUGAGCAGAAGUGGAUGGCUGUUAAGUGUGUGCACCGUACACAGCAGGACAGACCAGAGAUUUGUUUUAUGAAGGGUGCUUAUGAACAGGUGAUUAAGUAUUGCACUACUUACCACAACAAGGGGCAGACCUUGACGCUCACACAGCAGCAGAGAGAUCUCUACCAACAAGAGAAGGCACAGAUGGGCUCCGCAGGCCUCAGAGUUCUUGCUUUGGCUUCUGGUCCUGAAUUGGGACAGCUGACGUUUCUUGGCCUGGUGGGAAUCAUUGAUCCUCCUAGAACUGGUGUGAAAGAAGCGGUUACAACACUUAUUGCCUCGGGAGUGUCAAUAAAAAUGAUUACUGGAGACUCACAGGAGACUGCAGUUGCAAUUGCUAGUCGUCUGGGAUUGUAUUCCAAAACCUCCCAGUCGGUCUCAGGAGAAGAAAUAGAUGCAAUGGAUGUCCAGCAGCUCUCACAGAUAUUACCAAAGGUUGCGGUAUUUUACAGAGCUAGUCCAAGACACAAGAUGAAAAUUAUUAAGUCUCUCCAGAAGAACGGGUCAGUCGUGGCCAUGACUGGAGAUGGAGUAAAUGAUGCAGUUGCUCUGAAGGCUGCAGACAUUGGAGUUGCGAUGGGUCAGACUGGCACAGAUGUUUGCAAAGAGGCAGCAGACAUGAUCCUGGUGGAUGACGAUUUCCAGACUAUCAUGUCUGCAAUUGAAGAGGGUAAAGGGAUUUAUAAUAACAUUAAAAAUUUUGUUAGAUUCCAGCUGAGCACGAGUAUAGCAGCAUUAACUUUAAUCUCAUUGGCCACAUUAAUGAACUUUCCCAAUCCUCUCAAUGCCAUGCAGAUUCUGUGGAUCAAUAUUAUAAUGGAUGGACCUCCAGCUCAGAGCCUUGGAGUAGAACCAGUGGAUAAAGAUGUCAUCCGUAAACCUCCACGCAACUGGAAGGACAGCAUCUUGACCAAAAACCUGAUCCUUAAAAUACUUGUUUCCUCAAUAAUCAUUGUUUGCGGGACUUUGUUUGUCUUCUGGCGGGAGCUGCGAGACAAUGUGAUAACACCUCGGGACACAACAAUGACCUUCACAUGCUUUGUGUUUUUUGAUAUGUUCAAUGCACUGAGUUCCAGAUCCCAGACCAAAUCUGUGUUUGAGAUCGGACUCUGCAGUAAUAAAAUGUUUUGCUAUGCAGUUCUUGGAUCCAUCAUGGGACAGUUAUUAGUUAUUUACUUUCCUCCACUUCAGAAAGUUUUUCAGACCGAGAGCCUAAGUAUACUGGAUUUGCUGUUUCUUCUGGGUCUCACUUCAUCAGUGUGCAUAGUGGCAGAGAUUAUAAAGAAGGUUGAAAGGAGCCGGGAGAAGAUCCAGAAGCCUGUUAGUUCAACAUCCUCGUCUUUUCUUGAAGUAUGAUGCAUAUUGCAUUCUUUAAUUUGCAAACUAGGAAUUGCAGCCUAAGGAUCAUUUAGAAGGGCAAGUUCAAGAGAAAAAUGAAGAUCUGAGAACGUUUGAAGUUUUCAUUGACUGAAAAUGAGUGUGAAAUACUUGAUUUGAGACUUUAAUCUGCUGGCAGUCCCAAAUGAAAUUAUGCAACUUUGAUAACAUAUUCCUUGAUUUAAAUUGGCUUUUGUGAUUGAGUGGAACUUUAUAAAAUGUAUGAGCAGUUAUUUAAUUAAAAAAAAAAAGGUAAAACCUGAACCACCUUCUGCACUUAAAGAGGUCUAACAGUUCAGUACACUAUCUAUCUUAGAUAGAUAAUAAUUUUUUUUAAUUUUUAAAUAUUGUACUAUUUAUGGUUAUGGUGGUGGGGCUUUUUUCUAAUAACACAAAUAAAUUUAAUCAUUUCAAAGGCAUUCUAUUUGGUUUAGAAGUUGAUUCCCAGGAGUGCCAUAUUUCAGCUAUUGUAUUUCCUUUUCUCUGAAAUGUAAGCAGCUCAGCUACCUUGUGUUACCAUUUUUGUAUCUGAAGUUUUUUGCACAGGAUGUGACCACUGUCAGAUCACUAUUCUUUUCUUUCUUUUUGUGAUUGAAAAGCCUAUACUGCGAUUUGAAGUAAAUGUUUGCUUUUCUUAGUAA